AGCAUCCAGCCAUGGCGACCGAGCUGGCGUACGCCCCGCCGAUGAAGGCAGGCAAGGAGGGGUUCCAGGGGACGCAGGAGGCGCAGCACAGGAUCCGCAUCACCCUCUCCUCCAAGAGCGUCAAGAACCUCGAGAAGGUCUGCUCCGAUCUGGUCAAGGGAGCCAAGGACAAGAGCCUGAGAGUCAAGGGCCCCGUCAGGAUGCCCACCAAGGUGCUCAACAUCACCACCAGGAAGUCCCCCUGCGGAGAAGGUGAUGAUGCCUCUACUUCUACCCUCGUGGCUCGCACUGUUUCAUUUCCAUUUAGACUGUAG